AUGUCAUCGUCAACAAAGGGGAAACCUCAACCUGCUCCUCGAUCUCUUCCAGCCCAGAAAACCAUUGUUUUCUUCCAUCCAGAUCUCGGAAUUGGUGGGGCAGAGAGGCUAAUUGUCGAUGCCGCAGUAGGUUUGCAGGAGCUGGGGAAUAAAGUGACUAUCUUCACUUCCCAUUGCGAUCCGCAGCACUGCUUCGAAGAAGCUCGAGAUGGUAUGGUCUACGCCUCUACCUCUGUCACCACUUUGGCUAAAAUUGACAGAACCGUGAGUGCAGGCACCCUUGACGUGAGAGUCCGUGGGAAUUCCAUCUUCCCCUCGACUAUUCUGAAUCGUUUCCAUAUUCUCCUUGCCAUUCUCCGACAGAUCCAUCUUGUGAUAUCGAUAGCAGUAUGGAGCAAUGAGCUAGACAAAUUGGAACCCGAUGUUUUCAUUGUGGACCAACUCUCAGCCUGCGUUCCCCUGUUAAGAUGGCUAUAUCCACAUCGCCAACGGACAUUGUUCUACUGCCAUUUUCCUGACCAGUUGCUCGCCGAUCGUCGCACCUCGGGCGUCCUUGGUUUGUUAAAGAAGCUCUAUCGGCUACCCUUUGACUGGUUUGAAGGCUGGAGCAUGGGUGGGAGUGAUCAGAUAGUGGUCAACUCCACUUUCACCAAAUCUGUUGCCUCUAGGGUCUGGCCAUCCUUAGCCAGUUCUUUUGGUGUCAUAUACCCGUGCGUCAACGCUGAAACGGACGAACCAGUGGAACAAGAGCCAUUAUGGAACAACCAAUUCAAGAUCCUUCUAAGCAUAAACCGGUUCGAGCGGAAGAAGGACAUAUCUCUCGCAAUUCGCGCAUACAAUGAUUUGUCUGCGGCAGACCGCAAAGGCACACGCCUGAUCAUAGCCGGUGGCUACGACCAACGAGUCAACGAGAAUGUUCAAUACCACAAAGAAUUGGUCGCUCUAGCUGAGGGAUUCGGGCUGGUGACCGCGACCGUGAAGACCGUCCCCACGGCACUGGCUGUACCUACUGAGAUCCAGGUUUUGUUCCUGCUUUCCGUACCAGGUCCCUUCAAAACAACUUUACUGCAGAAUGCCCGAUUACUCCUCUACACUCCUACGAACGAGCACUUCGGUAUCGUGCCCGUAGAAGCCAUGCAAUACGGUCUGCCUGUCCUAGCAUCGAACACCGGAGGGCCGUUGGAGACACUCGUGGAAAAUGAGACUGGCUGGCUGUGCGAUGUUGGGAAAGUCGAUGAGUGGGCCGCUGUUAUAUCCAAGGUCUUGCACGACUUGACCCCUCAGCAACUAGAAAAGAUGAGCAGGAACGGGAGGCAGCGGGUUAACAAGCAGUUUACCCGACGAACAAUGGCUCAGAAGUUCAACUCAGAGCUUGGCAAACUACUCGAAGGUAAGCGAAGCCAAUUCCUCGAGCGAAAGGAUAUCAUACUUGGUCUUGGAGUUGCACUAGCAUUCCUGGCGGCACUGGUCGCCACAAUUUUCAAAGCUAAAUUUGGUGUUCGCACGGGCGAGAAGAACAACUACCCCGGGCUCACAUGA